AUGGGCACUAGAGCUGCUCCCAAUUUCGCAAAUGUAUAUAUGGGCCAACUAGGGGAUAAAUUUGUUUACCAGACGGAACGGUUAAAUUAUAUUAUUGACUGGGUACGUUUCAUUGAUGAUAUAUAUCUAAUUUGGAAAGGAAGCAAAGACUCUCUUACAGCUUUUAUAGGGUACCUUAACGUCGUGGUACCACUGAUUACAUUCACGCACAAAAUCUCCCGCAGUUCUGUGAACUUUCUUGAUACUAAGGUGAUAAAGAUUUCUAUGAGUGACAUCAACACAGAUUUGUACCAGAAACCCACCGACACCCACGCAUACCUACACUGGACCUUGGCCCAUCCGCCACAUUUNUUUAAAUAG